UGUUCAACGUGAUGUUCGUGACAUCAGCCUUCCCACCAGCCACGCAAUCAUGCGUCGUGCUUCUAUUUUUUGCCCUAAAAAGCUAUUUUUGAACAGGGGUGCACCAAUGUGCUUUAGACUCUGUCGGAGAAGACAAUAUAAGUAGUUACAGAGACCGCAAGCUUGAAGUACUUUCAUGUCCUUUUCAAAGCUGCCAUCGUGUCAAUGCGCAAGUCCGCAGCCAGAAAACCACGAGCUGCGGCAAGUGGCAACAGGGGGGCCUGAAAAGUAACGCAGCGCGUCUGUAGAAAAAUCCUUCUGCUGUGACCCUAUUCCCAAGAAACGGACUUCCAAAUGUCCUCAAUAUAAUCAGGUGAGCUCUCUCCCUGCGACUUAUGUUGAUGCGACGCUGUUGGAGGGACCGAUUCGUUUAUUGAAUACAUUUGGAGCUUGGGAAGAGUAUAUGGAUUCAUAUAUGUUGUGACUGCAACUCACGAUGACAGAUCGCAGCAGGACUGUGGAUGCACUCUUUAAAAGUCUGGGUAUUUUAAAGGAAGCACCAUGGACGCAGCGGACAUAGUUUCUUCCGUUUUGGUUUUGGGGAUUAUUAUCGUGUCGUUAUUGUCCAACGUUGUGGUGCUGAUCUGUUUUCUGUAUAACCCAGAGAUCCGCAAACAGGUACCCGGUCUUUUUAUUCUCAACUUGACGUUUUGCAACCUGUUGCUAAGCGUGUUCAACAUGCCACUAACUCUGGUCGGGCUCAUCAGCACGGGCCACCCCGGAGGCAGCCGCUGCUGCCAAAUUGUGGGUUUCCUCGACACUUUUCUCACCACUAACUCCAUGCUCAGCAUGGCAGCUCUCAGCAUCGAUAGGUGGGUGGCGGUGGUGUUCCCUCUGAGCUACCACUCAAGAAUACGGCACCGGGAUGCAGUGAUAGCGCUGGCAUACACGUGGAUACACUCAUUUUGCUUCUCCACAGUGGCCACCUGCCGCUCCUGGGUCGGCUACCAUCACCUUUACGCAUCGUGCACUCUCUGCAAUGUCAGGGCGAAGGCAGCCGGAACGCAGUUCAUCAUUUUCACCGUGGCUUGUCACUCUCUCACUUUCCUCCUCACGCUGAUCGUGUUGUGUGUAACGUAUCUUAAAGUGCUGAAAGUUGCAAGGUUUCACUGUAAACGCAUCGACGUGAUCACUAUGCAGACGCUGGUGCUGCUUGUGGAUAUUCACCCCAGUGUGCGCCAGAAAUGCUUGGAUGAGCAGAAGCGGAGGAGGCAGAGGGCCACCAAGAAGAUCAGUACGUUCAUCGGCACAUUCGUGGUGUGCUUCACCCCUUAUGUCAUUACAAGAAUUGUAGAGCUCUUCUCCCCAUGGCCCAUAAGCCCUCACUGGGGUGUGCUGUCCAAAUGUUUGGCCUACAGCAAGGCAGCCAGUGACCCAUUUGUCUACUCGCUGCUCCGUCACCAGUACAGGAAGACCUGCAUCCUUCUGGCCAACAAAGUCCUCAAGAGGAGUCCACUCAACUCCUCCUCCCUCUGGAUGGAGAACAGCGUAGGGAGGAUCGCCAACAAUUCCAACACAGCUGACAACAUCCAACCACCUACCAACAAGUCACUUGGCCAGUGAAGCUCAUCGCUUUCAGAGACAAUAAGGGUACUUUACCAUGCUAAUGGUGUCUUGGAUUCGAGAUCUUACUUUGAGGUUAACACUCGUGAGAAUAGGGGUAUGAGUAGAUUCGCCUCCACUGGUGGUGAACAUCAGAGUGAGCUUUUCACCUAAUUAUUUGUUGGCAAGUAAAGGUUAACACCAGACGAGGUGUCCAUUGUCAGGUAUUAAUGGACGACGGCGCGUCGGACGGUUGCCUCCGCCGAAGUCCAUUAAUACCU